CAACUAUUUGCUGAAAACAUAUUUUCUACCUACAAAGUAUUUAAUUCAUAUCGCUCCCAUUCUUGUCUGCACCUUUCUUCCCCCAAUCUAUCUCUUUUUCUUUCUCUCUCUCUCUCUCUUAUUGCACCUUAUUGUCCUUAUCUAAGAAAUUGAAGAAAGACUAGUAACUUUAGAGUAAUAAAAAAGAAUGGGGACCAAAUACGUCGAUCUUGAUACACCUGCUUCGUCCGUCAUAUCCUCCUUUGGUCCUAGCUUAGAUGAAAACCGACCACUGCUUUCGCGAUCUACCGUCACCUCAUACACAACCACCGAUGAACAACCCUCAAGCGCCAUUACGGAUGAGCAAAUUGCAAAGGCUUCGCCAUUUAGCGGAAUCUUUAAUCUUCUAAACACCAUUCUGGGCACUGGCAUGCUGGCAAUGCCUGCUGCGGUGGCCACGGUAGGACUAUUGCCAGGAAUGGUCUUAACAUUAAUAUCCGGCAUUGCAUCGGGUGCAGGUCUCUACUUCCUAUCCGAAAGCGCAAGCAGUGUUGAAGGACGACGUGCUUCUUUCUUUGCAGUCUCGCAGCUGACCUACCCGGGUGCAGCUGUAUGGUUUGAUACCGCUAUCGCAAUCAAGUGUUUUGGUGUUGCAGUGAGCUAUCUCAUCAUUAUUGGGGAUGUCAUGCCACAGGUGGUGAUAUCAUUUGACAGUUCCGUUGCCAAAGAUUCUAUCUUGCUGGAUCGCAAGCUGUGGAUCACAGCCGUCAUGUUUGGUCUAUUGGUUCCUUUGUCAUUCAAGCGUACGUUGGAUUCGUUUCGUCACAUUAGUGCAUUGGCCAUUUUGGCAGUUGUCUAUCUGUGUGCCAUCGUAAUCUACUAUUACUUUCUCUCCCCUGAUUUCCCAAAACCACCGCCCGAGGAUAUUGAGCUGAUCCAUCUGACAAGCAGUAUCUUUGGCAAACUGCCGGUCUUUAUCUUUGGCUUUACAUGCCAUCAGAACCUAUUUAGUGUACAUAAUGAGCUCAAGAACAACAGCCGACGGUCGAUGGUCAAAGUAAUCUUAUCUUCGAUUAUUACUGCCGGUGUAUUUUAUGAACUGAUUGCUAUCCUCGGUUAUCUCAGCUUCGGCAGGCACUCUAGAGGAAACAUCAUUUUAGAAUACCCUGCUACCUGGUUCGUUGCAGGAGGCCGUCUAGCCAUCGUUAUUUGCGUCUUGUUUGGCUACCCACUCCAGAUUCAUCCAUGUCGUGGGUCGGUGGACAAGAUCUUGAUGCUGUUUGAUCCCAGUAAAGACAAGUCGCCGUUCCCAGAUCCACCAUCAACAAUCAAGCAUUUUGCCAUGACCACAGCCUUAUUAAUUGGUACCUACAUUCUAGCCAUCACUGUAUCCGAGCUUGACCUGGUUCUGGCAUUCGUGGGCUCCACGGGUUCUACGGCGGUAUCUUUUAUUCUUCCCGGCUUGUUUUACUUCAAGCUACAUGAACAUGAGCGCUGGACUUUUGCAAAGAUCUCCUCGCUCGUAUUGGCAACCUUUGGAUUCACGGUCAUGACUGUCUGUUUAUCGUACAAUAUCUUUAAGUUACUUUGAGUCACAUUUGAUGAUCACUCUACGUAGUAUAUACAGCAUAAUGUUAUACUACUAGUACAUAGAGAAACCUUUUCAUUGUUUUUUUUUUAUAUUUUGUUCUUGGAACUAUCCUGCCAGCCCCUUUUCCCUAUCCCUCUCAUCUUAUUUUACUCCAUCACACAAGUCGCAUCCAACCCCCACCCCCAACUAAUUUUAUACCAAAAUUGUUGAUUUGUUGUUCCUGUGACAAUCUGACAAUGAAGAUGUGAACUACUAUAUAAAGACUUGAUUCGAAACGAAGCGUCUUUACC